AUGGUCAUAAUCACUUGGGCAUCUGAAUUGCUUGAGGAGGUGUUAAAUUGGUUCACUGAGAUUGAUACAGGAACUACAAUUGAAAAUGAAUUUUACAAUGAUGGUGGAUGUUCUAUUAAUACAUCAUCUAAAGAAAUAAAUAACGUACAAAAUUUUUCUACAAAUAAAAAAAGACUCCCGGAGUCCAAUAAGUCCAAUUCCAACACUGAUGUUCCUGAUUAUCAACAAUUUGUGUCUGUUUUCUUGAUGAGAGAUCGUUUACAAUAG